AUCAACCCCUCCAUCUACAGUACAGGUUCAUCAACAUUAAGGCAGACAACCGUCGGCUUCUCAUCAUGACGACUCGAACUGCCUCACAUGCUGGAUCAUGGUAUAAGAGUGGCCGUUCUCAGCUAGCAAACGAGCUCCAGCAGUACCUGGAUGCUGUCCCUGCUACCAUUGAAGACCAGCCAGUACCGGUGCCUGGGGCCCGAAUCAUUAUUGCACCGUGAGUGUCUGGUUGCAUCGUGGUUUUCUUUUCAACCCCUCAUUUCCUCCGCUUUAGUAUUGCUAUCAUCGACAUUACUAACCUUUUGUAGUCAUGCCGGAUAUGACUACUGCGCCGAUAAUGCCGCAUGGGCAUACAAAUCUCUCGACCUGUCGAAUGCAAAACGCAUCUUUCUUCUUGGUCCCUCCCAUACCAUGCACCUCUCAGGCUGUGCACUCACCAGUCAUUCGAAAUAUGCCACUCCAUUUGGAGAUCUGAUUGUGGAUAAAGCAACGGUUGACGAGCUCCAGGCGACGGGCAAGUUUGACACCAUGCCACUUGAUGUGGAUGAGAAUGAGCACAGUAUGGAAAUGCACUGCCCGUACAUCUACACUAUGAUAUCUCAGCACCUCAAAUCACCCGCGGACCACCCGACUCUGAUACCUGUCAUGGUCGGAAACACCAGAGCAGAGACUGAGGUUGAGUUUGGAAAGCUAUUUUCAUCAUAUCUUGCGGAUCCAACCUCAGUCUUCGUCGUAUCCUCAGAUUUCUGCCACUGGGGCAGCCGAUUCCAAUAUACGUAUUACAUACCAAACGGCUCUACAACAGAAGGAGGCGGCAUUAGUCUCCGAAGAAGAGACCCGGUGCCAACUGACCCACCAAUCCAUGAAAGCAUCGAGAAGCUAGACCGUAUGUCGAUGAAAUCGAUCGAAGCCGGCACACACAAAAGCUUCCUGAAAAACAUGCGGGAGACUGAAAACACAGUUUGCGGAAGACAUCCAAUUGGAGUCGUCUUGGCCGCUAUCGACCAAUUGAGGGAAGUUGGAAAGGUGCCUGCGGAUCGCGGAUACUUCAAAUUUACCCAAUACUCCAGAAGUAGCGACCCGGUGGAUGCAUCAGACUCUUCUGUGAGCUAUGCUAGUGCGUAUGCCAUCAUCUGAUGGGCAGAAAGGGGCGGUGGGUCCAGAUCUUCUACACAUGCAGCAUUCUAUAAAUUGAAUGUUGAUAUAUUUUCUUCUCUUG